UUUUCUUUUAUCAAAAAAAAACAAAAACAGAGGAUUUUCUUUGUUCUUGUUCUUGCUGGAUUUUCCCGGGAAACUCCAAUCUUUCCGGGGAAAAAAACAUUCAGAUCCAAAGAAAAAGAUGAAGUUUGGAAGAGAAUUUGAAACGCAGAUGAUCCAAGAAUGGAAAGAAGCCUAUAUGGAUUAUCGUUCUCUUAAAUCAAUAGUUAAACAGAUCCUUCGUUAUCGCCUACAAAAACAACAACGUCCUCCUGCUCCUCCUCCUCCUCCUCCCAACGGGGACACCGUACCGCUCAAAACAGACAGCGGAGGAGGCGGAACAGGCGCAGCAGGAUUAUCGAGAAGAAUCUCUCUUUACCGCGCAUUUAGCGGUCUAACAAACCGAGCUUCUCGUUCUCCGAAAAAAUCACACAAACAUCAUAAUCCUUUAAGCAGCAAACGCCAUCAUCAUCAUCAUCAUUAUCAUCUCUUUGACGAUGACGAGGAACAGGUCAUUUUGAUUAAUGAAGACGAGACGUCAAGUUAUACGACGACGUUUCUUAGCUCGGCAGAGGAAGGAGGGGAGAUGGAGGUUCAGUUUUUUCGGCGACUCGAUGGAGAAUUCAACAAAGUUUUGAGAUUUUAUAAGCAAAAGGUUGAAAAUGUAAUGGAGGAAGCUGAUGAGCUAAGCAGACAAUUAAAUGUUUUGAUUGCUCUUAGAGUUAAAGUUGAGAAUCCUAAUGUUCAUCUUCCUCCUGACCUUAAUAGCGUCGCGAGUGCUCCUGCUUCUCCUCAUACAACAAUGAGGACUCCAGCCACUUCACCAAUGGAUGUGAUCAGAGAAAUGGAACAAACAGAAGAUAAGAAAGUAUUUAAACCUGCUCCAGUAGAAAUGUUGGAUCAUAUAAAGCUCAAAAUUGAGCCGGAAACUCCGUUGUCAACUCUUAAAUUGAUGAUCCUCGGUCUCCCAAGUGAGCAAACCUUCAGCAAACCCGAGCUUAAGAGAGCUGAGGAACUUAUGAACCGUGCUUUUGUUGAGUUCUAUCAGAAACUUAGGUUUUUAAAGAGUUAUUGCUUCUUGAAUCAAUUGGCGUUUGCAAAGAUACUAAAGAAGUAUGACAAGACUACUUCGAGGAAUGCAUCAAAGCCUUAUCUAAAUACAGUGGAUCAUUCGUAUUUGGGUAGCUGCGAUGAGGUCUCGAGGCUCAUGUCGAGAGUAGAAGCGACGUUUAUUAAGCAUUUCGCCAAUGGAAAUCACCGAGAAGGAAUGAAAUGUUUAAGGCCUAAAACUAAGAGGGAGAAACACAGAAUCACCUACUUCCUUGGCUUCUUUUCCGGUUGCGCUGUGGCUCUCGCCAUUGCAAUAACGGUUCUUGUACAUAUUAGAGGCUUAACAAAAAGUGAGGGCCGGCAUCAGUACAUGGAGAACAUUUUCCCUCUUUACAGCUUGUUCGGGUUUGUUGCGGUUCAUUUGUUUAUGUAUGCGGCAGACAUAUAUUUCUGGAGUCGAUACCGAGUAAAUUACCCGUUUAUCUUCGGGUUUGAGCAAGGAAAUGAUCUUGGUUAUAGAGAAGUUCUUCUCGUAGGCUCUGGUCUAGCAGUUUUAACAUUCGGAGGAGUCAUCUCAAAUCUCGACAUGGAAAUGGAUCCAAGAACCAAAAGUUUCAGUGUCAUCACCGAGCUCGUUCCUUUAGCUCUUCUAGUCUGCUUGAUGAUGGCGCUGUUCUGUCCAUUCAAUAUAAUAUAUCGCUCAAGCCGAUAUUUCUUUGUUGGAAGCGUCUUUCGUUGUCUUUUAAGUCCUCUCUACAAGGUUAUUCUUCCGGACUUCUUCCUCGCAGAUCAAUUGACAAGUCAGGUCCAAACAUUCAGAAGCUUAUUGUUUUAUGUUUGCUACUAUGGAUGGGGCGGAGAUUUUAAGAAACGAACACACACAUGCUAUGAUAGUGAAAUUUACAAAGAACUCUACCUUGUCGUCGCCAUUAUUCCUUACUGGUUCCGCUUCGCUCAGUCUAUUAGGAGGUUGGUCGAGGAGAAAGACAAAAUGCACGGCCUUAACGCGCUGAAGUAUUUGUCGACUAUAUUGGCGGUUGCGGCUAGGACAAUUUUUGAGAUGAAGAGAGGGACUUACUGGCUCACGGUGGCUGUAACCACUUCGAGCAUUGCCACGAUUUUCAAUACUUAUUGGGACAUUUUCAAGGACUGGGGUCUCAUGAACCGCAACUCCAAGAACCCGUGGCUUCGUGACAAACUCUUAGUCCCUUACAAAAGCAUCUACUUCAUUGUCAUGGUGGUGAAUGUGGUGCUGAGGCUGGCAUGGAUGCAGACGGUUCUUGGGAUUAAAGAAGCUCCAUUUUUGCACAAAAGAGCUUUGGUUGCUGUUGUUGCAAGUUUAGAGAUUGUUCGUCGUGGCAUUUGGAACUUUUUCAGGUUGGAGAAUGAGCAUUUGAACAACGUGGGGAAAUAUAGAGCCUUCAAGUCUGUACCUUUGCCUUUUCAAGAACUUGGAGGAAGUAAGACUGUGUAAAUAAAAUUUUAAUUCCAAAAAACAAAACAAAAAGCAGCUAAAUUUGAAUUAAUUCCUCAUCUACAUCAUAUGAAAAAUGACUCUUUCCAAUUUUUCAACAAAUUAAAUUAAUCUCUCUGUGUUUAA